AUGAUAACCAGAGGUGAGUUGGCAGAUUACCUCGCACUAAAAGAGCAUGUGAAGCCUAGGGAGGCCAAUCCUCGUAAAGUAAAGGGAAAUCAAGUAAAAGUCAUUCAUGCGAUACAUGGGAGGUCAAAGGAUGACCAAGAGUCAGAAGAAGUGUACCGCUCCAGAUUGAGGGCAACCUACAAACUAAGGAAGUUAUCAUCGGUAAACACUAUCACUUCAGACAGUAUUAGUAUUGGGUUCGGCGAUGGAGAUUUAUCCAGAGUUCAACUUCCCCACGAAGAUCUACUAGUCAUCAGUCUUCUAGUAACAAAUUGCAUGAUCAAAAGAGUUUUGGUGGACCCAGGUAGCAGCGCCAAUAUUAUAACAAAGGCGGUCUUUAAGCAACUAGAGAUCCCUUCAUCAUCAAUUCAGCCCACCUCUAGUCCUUUGAUGGGGUUCAAUGGGACAAAUGUCGACCCCAUUGGGGUAAUUAAUUUAUCUGUUAUUGCGGCAAAAAAGACACUGAAGGAAAACUUUGUUCUAAAAAAAAUCCAUCAUUCUUAUAAUCUCAUUAUAGGAAGAGGUUCGAUCCACCGAAUGAAUGAGGUCCCGUCUACCUUUCAUCAGGUGAUGCGAUGCUUGUCUCCAGAUGGAAAAGAGGUUAUUAAUCUUUGGGUGAUCAAGUCGCUGCUAAAAACUGCUACAUGCUGA